AUGGACCGGCCGGCAUAGUUUUAGCUAUAAAAGUAGAAACAAAAGAUCCAUCAACGAAACCAAAACACACACAGUCUCUCCUUCUUUCCUCGCUUCUGAUCAGUGUGAUCACGCAGAGUGCCUUGAAGAAAACAAAAACCAAAAAAAAAAACACAAAGAAGGAGAAAUGGGAUACCCUUUUGAAAAAACCUUAACCUCUAACCCUAAAACCCCAAUUGAUAUUGAUGAUGAUAAUGAGUUGGGUUUGAUGGCCAUUAGACUUGCCAAUGCUGCCGCCUUUCCGAUGGUCCUCAAAGCUGCCCUCGAGCUCGGUGUCUUGGACACUCUCUACACGGAAGCCGCUCGCACCGACUCGUUCCUCUCACCGUCUGAGAUAGCGAGUAAGCUACCAACUACACCUCGUAACCCUGAGGCACCGUUUCUGUUGGACCGCAUGCUUCGCUUACUCGCUAGCUAUUCCAUGGUCAAGUGCAGUAAGGUUUUAGAAGGAAAGGGCGAGAGGGUCUACAAAGCCGAGCCAAUUUGCAGGUUCUUCUUGAAGGACAACUAUCAAGAUAUGGGAUCCCUUGCUUCUCAAGUCAUUGUCAAUUUUGACAGCGUCUUCCUCAAUACUUGGGCAAAACUGAAAGAUGUGGUGCUAGAAGGAGGAGAUGCGUUUGGCCGCGCACAUGGUGGCAUGAAACUCUUCGACUAUAUGGGCACGGAUGAAAGAUUUAGCAAACUCUUUAACCAAACCGGAUUUACCAUCGCGGUCAUGAAGAAGGCUCUUGAAGUCUAUGAAGGCUUCAAAGGUGUGAAUGUUUUGGUUGAUGUGGGAGGAGGAGUUGGUAACACUCUUGGUGUUGUUACUUCAAAGUAUCCCAAUAUUAAGGGUAUCAAUUUUGAUCUAACUUGUGCCUUGGCACAAGCACCUUAUAUCCCUGGAGUGGAACAUGUUGCCGGAGAUAUGUUUGUAGAUGUUCCAACCGGUGAUGCCAUGAUCUUGAAACGUAUACUUCAUGAUUGGACCGACGAAGACUGCAUCAAGAUUCUUAAGAAUUGUUGGAAAUCACUACCGGAGAACGGUAAAGUUGUUGUCAUUGAGUUAGUCACUCCUGAUGAUGUGGAGAAUGGAGACAUCAACGCAAACAUUGCCUUUGACAUGGACAUGUUGAUGUUCACCCAAUGUCCCGGCGGAAAAGAGAGAUCACGAGCUGAGUUUGAAGCUUUGGCAGCAGCUUCCGGCUUCAACCAUUCCAAGUUCGUUUGCCAAGCUUAUCACUGCUGGAUCAUUGAGUUUUGUAAAUAAAAUGUGUAAAAUACAAAACUAAAUCGUCGUUACUUUUUGUUUUUCCUUUCGGUUUUGGUGAUAUUUGAAUUAUCUUUGUUAUUUCUUAUUUAUCAUCUUUGUUUGAAAUGGUCAUGCAUGUCUUUCGUCUUUAAGCAAUGAAAUAAUAAUA